GAGAUCCUCGUUGCUAGGAGACUAGACGCGUCUUACCGUGGGAGAGCUCAGCCUCACUGAUAGUCCGGGGUCUCUCUUGUGCGAGAGCUGAGAUCUCAGGUCCCACAACCGCCCACAACCAGGGGCAGUUCUGGAAGGCCCCUUUCUAGGGACAUUUUUCUUCUACGCUCUGUAACGCGGGUCGAGACAGGCCGAAGCUUCUUUCCCGGAUCCAAUCCCCUGCCCCGCCAUGCCUAAGAAAGAAAAAAAGGCCAAGACGCCCCUGUCCGAUGAGGAGCAGCUGCUUCUGUUUCAACAGAAGUUGCUGGCAGAGGAGGAGAUGGCCAAAAAGAAAGAGAGGCUCCUCAGCCAGUUCUUGAAGGACAAGCUGGCCAAGGAGGAACACAACAGUGCUUUGAACCUUAAUAAGAUUAACACACAGUGGAGAACUGUCCUUAGGGAAGUCAAGACCAGAGAGCUUCAUAAGGACAUUGAGAUCCUCAGCCAAACAUUUGAACGAGUGGUGGACUGUAAGGACAAUGUCAUCAAGUCUUUAGCUAAAGAUCUGUCCGAAGCUGAGGAGCAGUACGCCCGUGCCCUGCGCAGCCACUUGCACAGUGUUGACCAGCUUUUGGCCCUGCAGAGGCACCGGCUCAGUCUCCUGGAGGAAAGUUACAACAUGGAGCUGGAAGCCCUAACCAAGGAGUUUGAGACAGAAAGGAAGACAAUUAUUGACCAACAUGAGAAAGAGAUUCACUAUCUACAAGAUAUCUUCAUGGCCAUGGAGCAGAACUAUAUAGAUUCUGAGUAUGAAAGCAAGCUGGAGUUCCAGAGCAUGUGGAAUGAUCUCAAAAACAUGAAUUUAGAAGAGAAGCACUUUCUAAGGCUGCACCUGGAGAACAUAGUAGAAGAUCUGUGGAGAAAGUUCCAGGAUGUACUCAAGAAUUACACUGAUGCCACAGAGGAUCGAAAGGCUGCCUUUGAGACCCUACAGGUGAAGGAUGAGAAGAGCUCCAAAGAGAUUGAAGUACAGAUGAAAAAAAUACAGAAACUACAGGAUGCCAUAACUAUUUCAAAAGGCAAGAUCAUGAUACACAGCCGUGAGAGUGAAGAUGAGAAUCGGUAUAUCCGUAACGACAAGGAAUUGGUCCUUGUACAACUGCGAAAACUUAAGGCCCAAAGGACUCAGGCCCGGGCAGCAUCCCAGAAGAACUUAGUCAAACUCACCUUGGAAAGUAAUGCCACCCUCAAGGCCCUGAGAAAGAUUGUUGAUAAGGGUGAAAAGAUCCUUAAACUUGCUGAAAUAUGUAGGAAAUUUGAAACUGAGGAAGAAAAGGUGCUGCCUUUUUAUUCAUCAGUAUUGACUCCUAAGGAGCAGGAGGGGAUUGAGGAGAAUAAUCUAGAAGAGCUUACUGAGGAGCUUGCCAAGGUGAUGGUGGACUACACAGGAAUGGAGAAUUUCUGGAAAAGGUACAACAAAGUGAAACUGGAGCAACUGAGCCUCCAACACAGACGAGCCCAGCUGCUAGAUAUCAAUGGAAAGCUGCGGGAGAUGCUGAAGCAGUACUUGGAUGGCAUCUCAGUGAGUGACGAAGUGCUGAGCCAGCUCAACCCACUCUUUAUAGUCAACUAUCAAAGCAAUUUACCCCAGCCCUUGUCCAUACCUAUAGCCCAUCCAGGUGAUAAACAACAUCCAACCACUUAAAAUAUAAUUGAAGCAACCCACGUGAUCUUCCACAACCUGUGAUCUAAGGAAAAAAAUCUUUCAACUCCUAGAGAUUUUUUUUUUUUUUUGAGAGAGGUACGGAUGUUGCUAUUAAAAAUUUCCAUGGAGUUUAUGAGCUCCUUGUAUCUUUUCCAUAUUGGACAGAGCAGUCCUCUUUGAGGACACUAGGAACACUGUGGUCCCAGGGAAUAGAGAGAACAGCUAGGCAACUACCAGGAGGCUCACUGCUCAAUUAAGCAUCCCUCCUCAGAAUCAGGGCGCCAUCAGAGCCAAAACCCAUACCUUAAGGACUUAGAGAUCCUAUGGGAAG